AUGUGUCGACGGAUUUCGGACCUAAUGCCCGUUCUUAUUCAAGCAUCUCAAACAACUGUUUCCACAUGUCAGGAAAUAUUUUCUGACCGUAGAUGGAAUUGUUCUUCAGUACUUCGAGCACCAAAUUUCAAAUUUGAUUUAACAAAAGGCACCAGGGAGCAAGCAUUUGUAUAUGCUCUAUCAUCUGCAGCCAUAACUCAUCAUGUGGCCAAAGCCUGUGUUUCUGGUGAUUUACCUUACUGUCCUUGUGGCCUAAAUUCACCUGCAACAUCCGCUGAUGCUACUUAUAAAUGGAAAGGUUGUAGUGAUAAUGUAUUAUACGGACAACGUGUGAGCCGAGAAUGGGCUGAUGCUUCAUGGCGUAGAAAAUGGCGCCGUCCUGGAAAUGGGAGCACUUAUAGCAAAAGAAAUCAUCCGGAAUUACUCGAUGAUUGGGUUUACAUCAAUGGAGAUAUCUCAGAUCGCAAAUCCGGAGCUGAUCUUCCUCCUCGAGCAAGAAUGAAUGAGCAUAACAACGAAGUUGGUCGCCAGAUAACGCAAGAAAGUUUGUACCGUAAGUGUAAAUGCCACGGAGUGUCAAGUAGUUGUAACGUAAGAACAUGCUGGAAUACAUUGCCAGAUGUUCAUGUUAUAGCACUAAAACUACGCGAACGAUAUUCAGAAGCAUCACCAUUGUCAGAAUUGUUAGCUGAAUCUGAAUAUUCUGAUAAAGCCAUGCAAGGCGAAUUAUCAAAGCAGCAUUUGGUUUUUCUUCGAAGUUCUCCCGAUUACUGUGUAGAAGACAGUAGAACAGGCUCUUAUGGAACAAUAAUGAGCUCAGUGGCAGAGCAUUCGACUGCAGAUCGAGAGGUCCCUGGUUCAAAUCCGGGUGCUCCCUUUUUCCGACUGCCAUACUCCAAUACAAUAGCAACACCAGAAAUAUUUCAAAUGUCUACUGCAAAGUUUUGGAUAUGA